AUGUGUUUCGUUGGAAGUGGUGAUGUAAUUACGGGUGACUCAAAUGGGACCUUAACACUUUGGGAUCCUAACACGUAUAAAGCGAAAAAGCAGGCGCAUGUAGUACAUCAUGGUGGUGUAUUUGCACUUUGUAUUAGCAAAAAAGGCACAUUACUCAGUGCUGGAAAGGAUAGAACUAUCGCUGAGUGGGAGACUACAGAUUUGGUACGAAGGAGAAGACCUGUUGAGCUGCCCGAUGAUGCUGGAACUCCACGUGUACUGCUGAAUCCAGUUGGUGACAAGAUCAUUGUUGGGACAUCGCGAAACACCCUCUAUUCUGGAGACUUCGAGGCUGGCUUCGAGGAGAUAGUAGAUGAAAGCAUUACAUGUGCAUCAGUCAACCCAUCUAGUUCCCUACUAGCUCUGGGAUUUGCCACUGGUGCAUGGAAGGUAAUGGAUCUGUCCUCGAUAGAAAUGGUAUUUGAACAGAAAGGCUCAUCUCAAGCAGUUACCGCGAUUCAGUUUGCGCCAAGCGGUGAUCUACUAUUUGUGGCCACCAAAGUGAGUUUUUCAAAAUAUUUCAUGAAGUUACUAACAAAUAGCGCUUAUUUAUGAAA